GCGACUUUGACUGUAGACUACCAAUCAAGUUGUAGUUCGCGAUUGUAGACUACCAAUCACAGGCCUCGGAUCCUUCAACACAUGUUGUCAAAGAAGAGCUCUAGCAUCUUAUUUAUGUCUUUAUUUUAUUAUUAUUUACAACUUUGUGGUUAAGCAUCUUUGAUGGGCAUAACAUUAAGAGGAUUUCAUGCGAAAGUAAGAAAAAGUGCACCUUGAUAUGGCGAGGCCAGUCAUCCGUCUUCAAAACCACACUGCUCCAGAGGGUCGUCAGCAGGCCUUAUUGGUGGCGACAAAUGGGGCCCGUGACUGCAGAAACAGGAGAAUGAGUUUUCGUCUUCCCCCUCCUCAGCUGCUCUGUGAUUCCACUGCACUGGCCCAUGCUGAAAGAGCACUACGUACUGAAGGGAUAAGAGCACCAUCACGACAGCAGUGUCUGGGGAAGAGGGUGCUACCCUUUGGCCAGUAUCUCAACGCACCAUCUCACUGGCUUGUGUCAAAUGAUCUGGGCUACAUGAAGUAUUUGAUCGACAAGCACAGAGAAGAACUCUCUUAAAUGGAAAGGGGCAAGCACAAAAUCAGUGGAUAAAAGACCACCUGACAGAGUAUGCAGAGAGCUUUCCAGAAGUUUCAAUCGCCCUGGAAGCCAACAUCCACCGAUGUGUUUACGGACAGAAAGGGUUUGAGAGCCAUAGCUUCCAGGAGAUGUGGGAGCUCUACAGCCAGUAUUCUGCACAGAAGGACAGGCCUGGUGAUUUUGGUACGAGUCAGAGGGAAACAGUACAGAAGGCAUACAGCUCUGUUAGCCGGUGGCUAAAUACACCUAUAACACACAUCACCAGUGUGCAGAUGAAAAGAUUUAGAAAAUACAUUUAGGACAAGAAGACACAAAAGUCAAGCUCUUCAAUCAGUGACCCCUCAUGGCUGGAUGAUACCCACUUGUUGGAGGUGAUCAAAUCUGAGCCCAUGGCUUCCACAGCAUCAUAAGCAGCCUCAGCAUCAUCUGCAGCCCCAGCUUUAUGCGCAGCCACAUCCACGCCUUCAAAGAAGUCCUCCUCCACACCUUCAAAGAAGUCCACACCUGCAUCAAAGAAGUCAUCCACAGCCACGGUCCCAGUAGUACCCAGUAGUAACUCCCCAGUCGAGCUGGAGGGCUGGGUGUGACUGUGGGAAAAUCCCAAUGGCAUUCCACCAGCUGAUCUUUCCUGGGUGAAGGAUGACACAGAGCGUGGACUCUUUGGCCCCAUUCAGGUGUAUCGUGACAAUGCUGGGGUAUUGAAGAGGCGGCGAGUACUAAAAUCAGACCACGUGUGGUUUUACCCUCCAGAACCUCCAGGCUACAUCAGUGGUACUGUGCCAACUCCACAUCUCUUCUUUCGCGGUCACAUCUUUGUGUGGCGGCCUGUUGGAGUUUGAAAAUACUCACUGAAGUGUCCUCGAGGAGAAGAAUGUGUGGGUCAAGGUAUAAACGUGUACCUCUACAAAUCAGGCUACCAUACCAAGGUUCGUCAUGUUUGUGACGUUUCCGGCUGGUACUGUAUAUUAAAAGAGGUCCUGUGCUACGGCCCAUGUACAAAAGCAGCCAGGGGUGGUGGUAGUUGAGAUGGUGGUCUAGUGGGUUAAACCACUGAACUGGUUAAUCAAAGGUUGCUGGUUCGAUCCCAGCAGCCACCACCAGUGUGUCCUUGAGCAAGACACUUUACUCCAUGUUGCUCCAGGGCGAUUGUCCCUGUAAUAAGUGCACUGUAAGUCGCUUUGGAUAAAAGCGUCUGCCAAAUGACUAAAUGUAAAUGUAAAUGGUAGUUGAAAGGUGGGCAGGUGGUUGGCGUGGGAUUCUGCCAACUCAGUGAGGCUCACCAAGGCAUGUUUCCUGUUAUUCUGACAGACAAGCGUGGUGUGGACAAAAAUGUGGUGCGGCUUUUGAGGGACCGGACUGAAGGGAACACCAUGGUUAAAGUGUGGCGUCAAAUUCAGGAGAAUCAUGUUGAGGAGUAUCUCCACAGGAAAGACCUUUACACUACACUCCUCAUGACUCUCCUGAAGCCUGGGGAAAUUGUGUCGGCCUUAGGACACACGUUUGAGGCUCCACCUCCUCAAAGAGAGCUUCCCUCUGCUCGCCUGCUUCGCCAUGCUUUCCUUCUGGCGGAGGCCAACAACGUACAGGACUACAGGAACCAGAUUCUCUCCACUUUUGGCAAUGUGCUAAAGAUGGACUCCACUAAAAAGGAGGAUGCCUGUAGCCCCAACCCGCUGCCUGGAUUCCAGCAGCUGGAUAAUUUCUGUUCUCUGCUUGUGGAGAUUGGCAAGACUGAGAAUAGGCUGAGCCUGAUGACAGAGCAAAGGAACAGGCUCGUUGCCGCAUGGCACGCUGUAAUGGAACAUGACAAGCAACCACAGAAGUUUCAUCAGCUGUACAGAACACACUGGGGUAACACGUUGUAUUGCCACACAAAGAGGGACGAUCUUGCUGAUGCUGCUGUGAUUCAGCGGGUCAAGAUGGCCAAACGCUACGCACCGGCUCAUGAUCGCUGGUGCCGUGCAGCUACACCGUUUUAAAAACACCGUUUUUAUUGUUAUAUAUAUAUAAUGCCGACUAUUGUUCAUUUUAUAAAGUUUAUAUGUGUAUCUUCUGUUAAAUCAACAAAAAUAUAGGAUAUUGUAUAUAUUGCCUUUAAUAUAUAUUUUCUAUGUCACUUACCUAUUUUAUACCUGAUAUAAAUGUGAUGCUUGUCUUGAAUAUGGCAUUUUAUUUAAUUCCAGUUAUAUUUUA